AUGUUAAAAUUUAUUUUUAUAAUAAUUUUUAUUAGCCCUAUUUGUUUUAUGAAUGGGUUAUUUUGAAUGGUUCAAAAUUUAUUAUUUAUUGUGACCUUUGUUUUUAUUGCCUUAAAUUAUUGUACUAAUUAUUUUGUGGGUAUUUCUUAUUUUUUGGGAAUUGACGUUAUUUCUUAUGGUCUUAUUUUGUUGAGAUUUUGAAUUUGUGUGCUUAUGAUUAGUGCUAGUGAAUCUGUUUAUAAGUAUAAUAACUAUAAGAAUUUAUUUUUAUUUAAUAUUUUAAUUUUAUUAGUUUUUUUAGUAUUAACUUUUAGAAGAAUGAAUUUGUUUAUGUUUUAUUUAUUUUUUGAAAGAAGUCUAAUUCCGACUUUAUUUUUGAUUUUGGGUUGGGGGUAUCAACCGGAGCGUCUUCAAGCAGGUGUUUAUUUAUUGUUUUAUACUUUGUUAGUUUCUUUACCUAUACUGGUUGGAAUCUUUUAUUUAUACAAUAAUUUAAAUACAAUAAAUUUUUAUUUAUUAAGUAAUUAUAUAUUUAAUUAUGAUUUGUUAUAUUUAUCUUUAAUUUUGGCUUUUUUAGUUAAGAUACCUAUGUUUUUAGUUCAUUUAUGGCUUCCCAAAGCUCAUGUUGAAGCCCCUGUUUCAGGGUCAAUGAUUUUGGCCGGGAUUAUGCUGAAGUUAGGGGGGUAUGGGCUGUUGCGUGUUUUUCCUUUUUUGCAAUUAAUAGGUGUUAAAUAUAACUAUGUGUGGGUUAGAAUUAGACUGGUUGGAGGAGUUUUAAUUAGUUUAGUUUGUUUGCGUCAGACUGAUUUAAAGGCUUUAAUUGCUUAUUCAUCCGUUGCGCAUAUAGGGAUUGUUUUAGGGGGCUUAAUAACUUUAACAUAUUGGGGUCUUUGUGGUUCUUACACUUUGAUAAUUGCUCAUGGGUUGUGUUCGUCGGGGUUAUUUUGUUUGGCAAAUAUUACAUACGAGCGAUUAGGGAGUCGAAGAUUACUAAUUAAUAAGGGCUUAUUGAAUUUUAUGCCUUCUAUAACUUUGUGAUGGUUUUUAUUAAGAGCUUGUAAUAUAGCUGCCCCCCCGUCUUUAAAUCUGUUAGGGGAAAUUUCUUUGUUGAAUAGAAUUGUAAGUUGGUCUUGGGUAACUAUGGUUUCUUUGUCUUUGUUAUCUUUUUUUAGAGCUGCUUAUACUUUAUAUUUAUAUGCUUAUAGUCAGCAUGGUAAGAUUUUUUCGGGUGUCUAUUCAUUUAGAGGGGGUAGGAUUCGUGAGUUUUAUUUAUUAUUUCUUCAUUGAUUUCCUUUAAAUUUGUUAAUUUUAAAGAGAGAUAUGUGUUUAUUUUGGCUUUAG